AUGGAUAUCCCAGGCCCCAAUUCCACUUUCCCCCAGGGCCCCAGCACCACCUCGGGGCAAAAUGCAGGGCAGAAACGCCCAGCUUUCGAGCACAACAAAGAGCAGCCGUCCAAAAGGCGUGCCGCCAGAGCAUGUCUAUCCUGCCGUAACCGCAAGGUCCGCUGUGAUGUGGUCAACGGAGGACGGCCUUGCACCAACUGUCGCCUUGACAACCAAUCAUGCGUGGUAAAAGAGUCUAAUAGAGGCCGAAAGCCUGGUGUUCUACCCACAGUAUCAAAUCAAGCGCCGCCCGAGUCCCCUCCGCAUUAUGUAUCACACAAUCGACCAUUUUCUCCUGUCCGGUCUUCCCGAAGUCAGCGUACACCAUCGCCAGGUCAGCAGCAACAUAGCAGGCCAAGUGAAGAUCUUGACGCGCUGGCCUAUGACGGUAAGUCAAUUGUGUUGACUAAUUCGCCCGAGAAAGCGGUCGCUGCUUUUGUAUUCAAGUAUGAACCUAAUUUUUCGGUAGACCAACCGAGCCUGAGCCCUUCUGAACAGGCGGGUGAUGAAGUACCUGUUGUUAUCGUGCCGCAAAGCAAUCUUGGCCAUGUCAACAAUUCCUCAUCAAAAGAGGAUAACCCCCCUUUGACCCAAUCACCGACGUCAGUUCAUUGUCAGGUACUCCCCAAGGUCAAUGCCUCGGGCAUAUAUCUUCCCCCCUACAUCAAGCCCAUGCCACGUCAUAUCACAGAUCGAGAUAUCAGCUAUCUUGCGGACAAAGAUGCCCUCACUAUCCCUGACAAUGCGUUACGGGAUGAAAUUUUGAGGGCCUAUGUCACCAUUGUAUAUCCUUUCAUGCCUACUGUUGACCUUGAGGACUUCCUCUUGUCCAUAAUACAGGGCAGUGAACGCGGUUCUGUGAGUCUGAUAUUAUUCCAGGCUAUCAUGUUUGCCAGCGUUGGAUUUGUCGACGCCAAGUUGCUACAGUCACGAGGCUACAGUAGCAGAAAGGCCGCUCGAAAAGUCUUCUUUAGCCGUGUUCGAUUGCUCUACGCACUCGAUUUUGAGCAAGAGCACUUGCCACUCCUACAGGCUGUACUACUCAUGACAUAUUGGUACGACUGCCCUAGCGAUGGUAAAGACUCCUGGUAUUGGACUGGUAUUGCAUUCAGUCUUGCCCAGGUAGUUGGCAUCCACCGCGAAACAGAACUUUGUAGAACAACAAUCAAGAAAAAGCGGCUCAGGCGGAGGAUAUGGUGGUCAUGCAUCAUUCAAGACCGGCUGCUGGCGAUGGGGAUUCGCCGGCCCUCUAGAAUUCGUGAUAAGGGGUAUAACGUGCCGCAGCUUACGUUAAACGACUUUGACCUAAAUGAGCCCUCACAUACCGUGAUCAAGUUCCUUGGCAAAUCAGGAAUGCUCUUGUCAGACCCAUCGGCACGCUCUACUAUGGCAGUUAUGUGCAUCGAGCUAAGCAAGCUUGCGGUUUGUUUAGGUCACAUUCUCCACUCACAAUACUCAGUUGUGAGCGACCAACCCAUGAUCGCCGAAUAUAUGCUGAGAAUCAUCGUCGUUCCAACGCGGUCGAAGUCGUCCGCGGAUGAUGUGACCAAAUGUGACCUGGAGCUGAAAGAGUUUGUCAAUAAUCAAGAUGCCCGGUCCAAAUACACCACUGGCACUCGACAGACAGGAGAUAAGAAUGAGACAGACCGAAUAAUUCGCCUGCACCAAGCCAUACUACGUAUGAACUAUCUUGCAGCGGUCAAUAUUUUGCAUAAGCCACAGGUGUUCUAUGCAGAGUCUGAGACCACGGAUAGUAACGCCCAAAAGAAGUCAUCAAGAGAGAAAGUCACAAAUGCUGCUAUCGCCUUGACAAAGCUAGCCUUCGAUAUGCAGAUGGACAGCCAGCUGCAGUAUUUAUCAACUAGCAGCGUUCCAGCAUUCCUGUCAGCUGCCUUAUCUCACCUAGGGGAUAUGCGUUCUCACGAAGAGGAGAUUCGCAAUAUCAGCGUUGGCCGCUUCUAUCAGUGCAUUCAUGUCUUACAUCAACUAAAGAGCGUAUACAGCUCAGCCGACUUCGCUAUUCAUUUCCUUGAGGCAGUCUUGAGGAAAAGCGACAUUGCUGUUCCCUCCUUAGUACCUGAGUUGCCUUCGACUAAGCCAAAUUGGAAUAAACCCCAACUAUUGGGAUGCCGAAGCUCAACCCCAGAGAGUGAAGCCGUUUCUCAGGUCGCCACCGCAUAUCCAAGUCCCUCGAGCCAUCCAAAUAUCACCGAGCCGCCUGCAGGGAUUUGGAAUGGAACCAAUAACCAUAAUUGUGAGACCGGCAACGACGACCUGCGUUGCCAUCAAUAUAGUUCGGAAGCUUGGUCGGACGGCGACAGUCAACUUGAUGCUCCCAACAUCGUGGCAAUCGACUUUCUACCCGACUCUUCGUAUAUGGGAAAUUGGUUCAACGUUGGUAGCCCCGUCCCAGCAUUCAUGAACUUUGAUAGCUCUAACACUUGGGCGGUACCAAACAAUGUCACUUCAGGCGAGGAGUUGGGUUUGCUCUAA